UAAAAACGUCACCUAAUAAACAUGGAUAUAAAUAUAAGCGAAAAGUUACUUUAUUUUUAUAAACCGCUGAAAAAUGUUCGUUAAUAACUUCAUUUUCGCCUUUUUUAUAACAACUUUGAUUAACUUUGCUUUUACAUCAUCAUUAACCAUCUCAAAAGAAGAAUUAGAUCGAUUAAAAAGUAGCUGCAAGGAAGAUUUUUGUGAAUCGGUGGAAAAUUACCCAGAAAUUUUAAUUAAUCAACUUUUAAAACAAAAUGAUGCCAUUGCAAAAGAAUAUUUCAACGGAUCAUUACCACCGAACAUUACUAAUCGGGACAACAUCGAAUUUACUAAUAUGUGUGAAGUUUCCGAAUAUAUCGUUGGUCCAAAAAUCUUUAAGGAUACCAAAAAUAUUCCCAGGAUUAUAGUUAAUACCGAAGAGUAUCAUCAAUAUGUUCUAUUAAAAACUUGUGGAUCUAAAGAUGGUGAUUGUACAAAGACACCAAUUCCUGGCCACGAAGUUCGAUGUAUUCCAGAAAAAAUAAAUAUUAAGUUAAUUUUUUUGGAUGAAGGGCCAAGUUUUGGAGUUGGAAGCUUUGAUAUGUAUGGGGGUUGUGCUUGUGCUUAUAAAUCAAUUACACAUAAUAAAUAACUUUAUUUUCAAUAAAACAAUAUUUAAAGUGUC